UUAUACACUUAGGUUAGUCGUCGCGCGGCGAUGUCGCUGUAACGUGCGGUGCACAUUAUUGCAACUCCACACGAUAUCUUUCCGCACAUAAUACAUGUAUACACGGAGCAGUGCUCCGGAAUAUAAUUAUAUAGCUGCACGUGCAUCGGUGCUUUGUAACUUGCAAAACUCACCCCUUUUGCCGAUUUUUUUUCAAAUUUCACCCGUUGGGGAUUUUUCACCGCAACAGCACGACUCGAUUGUCAUAUCUUUUUUUUUUUUUUUUCAUAGUGACUCCUUCAAAGUUUAUAUAAAAAAAAAAAAAUUUAAAUAACUUUGAUUUCUUGGAGCAGUGUACAAGUGUAUUAAAAAAAAAAUCGGGCAUAAAUGUACAGCUGUACGGGCUGCGUGUGACGCACCGAUCGUCUACCGGAUAGCAGCGGUGUGCAGAGGUAUCAUUGCAAGGAGCAUCGGGAGAAGGUCGUAAAAGUAAAAAAUAAAAUUAGAAAAAAAAGGAUAAGCGCCAAAAGGAGAGGAAGGAAGGGAAUGUAUCCCGGAUGAUCUGCUGGUGAUCCAACAUGGCGUCGACCGACCUGUCGUUCGGCUCCAUACCGGCUUACUACCGGGACGUCUACGAGAAGAUAAGCUCGCCGUCGAGCGGCAACGUAGAGAAGGAGGUCUUCAAGUUCCUCCUCGUCAAAUCCCAGCUCAGCAGCAACGUCCUCAGUCAGAUAUGGGACCUGGUGGACAGCAAAACGGGAUACCUGACCAGGAGCGGACUGUACAAGGGGUUGGCGCUCGUCGCACUGGCUCAGCAGGGAAAACAGCCGAGCGACAAACUCCUGGAAAACACGGAAUCUCAAGAACUACCGGUACCAGCGCUGGGUGACCUGUCCGAGGUCGCGUCGCUCGCUCAGCGCGUUCACAGGGGCUACGACGCGACGAAGCUCAAUCUCGCCUACACGGACAUAUGUAACAUAGACACGAUCGAGGUCAACCUCGUGCCCGAGAAAAAGGGCAUCUUCCUCAAGCACGUCGAGUAUCAGGUCACGAGUAAGAGGUUCAACUCGAUGGUGUACAGGCGAUACAACGAUUUCGUCUCGUUGCACGAGUUGCUGCUUGCGAGGUUUCCCUACAGGCUAAUACCGCGGUUGCCGCCGAAAAAAAUUGUCGGAGAAUUCAAUCGGCUGUCGACGAGGGCACUCGAGCAGGCAGUUCGCGAAGAGACGAUGGUGUGCGAGAGGCUGAAUCUUCUGAUGGACCUGCUGAUAGCCCACAAAACGCUGUGCGAGAGGCACGAGCGUGGCGUGAGUGCCGAUCACCAGCGAGCGCUUUCUACAAUGUUGUCACUCAAGAAGCGUCAAAUGCAGGGAGUCAUACGCGGUACUGACGCGGACACGGUCGAGCACAUGGAGAACAAAAUGGUAGCCCAAGAGUCGGUGAUCGCCAACGUGGAGUUGAGGAACCAGUUUUCCCUGCACUGCCUGCACAUGGAGACGCAGUUGGUUCACGCGCACCUGGAAAUCCUGGCGACUGUUCUGCAGAGCCUCGUCAGGGUACAGCGCUGCGGUCACUCGGAGCUGGUCGAGGUUUGGAAGUCGAUCGAGCCGACCAUCAUGAAAUGCUUGCCCGAAAAGUCGUGCGACAAUUCAAAUGGAUUUUCUUGAGACAAAUCGUACGCAACUUGUCAACGACGAUGACAAAAAAAAAAUUCUCCCGAGUCAAUUAUCACUCUAUUCAUCAUUAACCGUAAGACUAAUGAAAUGAUAUUUUUUAGUUAUAUCCGUGAAGAUGCUGGGAUUGUUAAAGUUUGCAUCGAAGCGCGUAGAUUGGCAUAAUCACCGUCGAUAUUACGAUUGAUAGAAUUUUAUGUUUUGUUUUAAUUGUAAAUUUAUUGAAUUUUCUAUAAAUUUUAAAAUUUCCAAGGAAAAAUUAUAUACCGUGCAUAUAUCGUAAGAGCGUACGAAGAGAUCGUGUGAUAUGUACUAUUAUGCUUGAUUAAUAAUGUUAUACGAAAAAAGUGCCUUGUAAUCUAAAAUAAACGUGAGUAAUGUGCGAAGCAAUAUUUACGAUGAUAAUAAAGAGCAAACAAAGUCUCAUACAUAUAUAUAUAUGUGUGCGUAUGUUGAGAAAACCGGUAACUUUUGCAAUCAAAUUCCAAUUAAUUCACACAGUCCGAUGUUUUCGGUUCGUAAAUAUAAAAUUUUUAUUCUCAAGACAUUCCAAGUACUUAAUUGAAAUGAAAGUUGGAUUUUUUUUUUAUUUUAAUUAAAACGAAUGCAAGUGCCGAUUCCAGUGUUCGAUAUCAAAAAAGUCAUUGCGAUGUGCGAUGCAAUAAAAAUUAUUAUAAAUACAAGUUUAUAUAUACAUUGUUGUGCGUAAUUAUUUUAUAACGCUUAU